AUGAUGCUUCUGGCGUUCUCCUCUCCUCUUCUUCUUCACGCCUCCCAGACUGCUUCUCGCCGCCUCCGCCUCCGCUUCGGCCUCCGCCGCCGCCAACGAAGACGAAGACGACUAACACCGUCACCACCGCCACCACCACCACCACCAUCAGACAACCAGCGUGGCCGCAGCGCCUCCAGUCCCCGUGGUGUCCGCCCAGCCCAGCCCACGCCUGCGCCGGCUGCCGCCGUCCUCAGUGUGGAGGACGUGCACAGAGUCAUUGCCGUCGAAGUCUUGCGCCACCUCGGGCCAGGUCUCGUCUCCCGCCAGCAGCAGCAGCAGUACCAGCAGCAGCAGCACAACGAGGACGCUGCCGCUCCGCGCCGCCGCACUCGCCGUGGUGGCAGAAGGAACCGUCGUCGCAACAACAACGACAGCACCACCACCAACAACAACAACGACAACAACGACGACAGCAAUUCUGGUCGUGCUGGUUCCCGCGGCCGGUCUCGCUCGCCCCGUCGUGGCCGAGAGCCCCGUGCUCGCUCCCGCUCGCCGCUCCGGCCCCGCUCCCCCGCUCCGGCCUUGCCUGGAGACCGGCCGCAACCCCCGUCCUUGUCUGUGCUGGGCCACUCCACCGGCAUUACUGUCGGUAAUGGUGGUGCCACCAAGCGCGUCGUCGAGAAGAUCAAGAAGGAGGAGGAGGAGGAGGGGGAGUGA